AUCGGCCAUUGCAACGCAACAGAUCUAUAAAUUUAAAACUUUUACCUGUAUACUAGAAUUUUACUUAUAUUAAUAGCAAUAUUUGAAAUGAAUCAUGAAAAAAUGCAGCUUUCAUAUAGUCUGUGUCGAAUUGCCAAACAAACAGCGCGCCAUCCGACAAACCACGUGGAUUGAUCGCGAGGCUGUGAUGUAAUGUGCUGUUCGUCAGAGUCAUGCUGCGCCGUCUGGUGGUAAGGACGAAUAAGAACAGGCGAUUGGCAAAAUGAGUGGGGUAAGGACCCCUACUGGCGAAGGAUGUGAAUUAAACAAAAUCGGCCAUCCAAAUACCUGUCCAUCUUCACCAGUGCAGGCAGGGUAGCGAGGAUAUUAAGUAGAUGUUUUGCCUAAAGACAAUCAUCUUUGUUUAAAUAAAAGUCAACGAUUAAAAAAAUAUAACAAGUCUACUUGUUGACGUGUAUGGCUUAUUUAAAUAUUACGUUCAGCCGCUUAGCAAGGGUCUGUUAAAGAAGUAGACUGGAACGAAAGCCAGUAUACCCGCGGAUUGCGAGGGCUGCAGUUUGACAGAGCUGCGCUAAAUGUAUUUUGCUUUACAUAUAUCAUCAUAAACGUCACUGUACGUAUCUACAACUUGGUGGACGUGAUGUGUGCUUCAUUUACACAGGUUCAGGAGACAGUGGGGCAUGUGUACUAUCAUUUUAUUUUGUCCUGAUGACCUCUUUGAAUUUCCAGGCCCGUUUAAAAUAAUAUUUGCAGUAGUACCUCAAAUGACUAAUAUUUAUAUUUUGUAUUUCAGAGUAGUAUCAGAAAUGACCUACGUUCCUACGUUUCCCCUUGCUCGUACUCCAGUCAGAUAGGUGGCGCUAUAUACCUUUCAAGUAGUUAAUAAUACUACAAGUGUUCUCGCCGAAGAAGAUGUAUUACUUCCGGUUGGUUGAGGUCAAGCUCCGUAUCACAACAGCACACAGCUGUUGUGAAGAUGGCGGACAGCUAUGAGAAAGAGGGGAGUUCUCUAAACAGCAGGGAAGCAGGAGACCAGAUAUCGGCGAUGUUCAGGCGGUGUAGGGGCCGUCCCCGUUUGACGGAUACCGACCGGGCCAAGAGGCGCCUGGAGUCGCGGAAAAAGUACGACGUGAGGCGGGUUUAUCUGGGGGAAUCCCACAAGGUUUGGAGCGAGCUGCGGCGGCGGACCGGCUUGAGUGACGCGGGGCUCGCCGAGUAUUUAAUCCUGCUGAACGCCACGUACGGGGAGGUGUACCAGCAGAAGUACGGCUAUGGAAAGAAGUCCGCCCCUGGGCUAUGUGUCAAACAGAAAAGAGGCAAGAAGGUUGAGGCGACCAGCCUCAGAGCUCUGGUGGGCUGGUAUCAGGACCACUCCCGGUCCUGUCCUCACGAACCACAGCUGCAGGCCCCAGAAAUGCCAGCACUGGCCUUCCCCACCUCACUGGUUUGGUGCUGUAUUGAUAGCCACUCCUUUGUGCAACACCUCUCACAGCCAGCAGGAGGCAGUGACGAUUCCGAGACUGAAGGUGAGGGCGGGAAUGAUGGCAGCGCAGCGUGUACUGAGGCAACACCUGGCGUUGUGACAAGGACAAGGAGGAAGAGGAGAGACUCUUCAAGGCAAUAUUUUGAUGUCAGGGAGGACCUGGAAGAGACCAGGAUGGCAGAUGCUGAGGUGUCAUUGAAUGACAUGGACAAGGCCGCCAUUCUAGGCCAGCUCCCAGAAUCCCCUGUUUCUCAGAGGGGCACCACAGCCGGACAGCCCACAGAGGAGCAGUCUCUCUGGGAGAUGGAGGUCGUGAUAGAGGGAGAGAAAGGACAGGAGCAGGAGUCGGAGAAUGAAGGAGAGAGUCUGGGAGCUUUGCCUGGCAACGGGAACGCUGGAGAGGGAGAGGGAGAAGGGAUAGGAGUGGAGGACCUGCGAGGGGCUGAAAGGGGUUCAGGGGCAAAUGGUUAUGAGUGUGCCAUGGUAACGGCCACCGUGAUCGAUCGGCUGCGCAAAGACGACCCGGUGGUGGUGGACAAUGUCGCCCGGAGUCACCCUCAGCCCCACGCCCCUCCAGGAGCAUCCACCGUGCAAGUUUCAGGCCAGGGGGAGCUGUAUGAGCCCCAGACACUGCAGACGGUUGUGGCCAGCUGUCAGAUACCGAAUGGGAAGGGAGCUUUGGAAGGAUCACAGGUGAUCAUUAUCACAGGCCCUGGUUACGAGGCCCUGGCUUCAGAGGGGAUCCAGCUGAACGUGGGGGGCGGAGUCGGGGAAGAGGUUACCUGUACGGUUAUUGAGGGUGUGGCCUACAACCAGGUGUGCCAAUCAGACGUGGGCCAGAGGUCACCUGUCCCUGACGCAGAGGCCAUCAGGGAGCUCAGUGGGAAGCAGAUCCUGCAGCCCAGUGCAGAGUCGCGUGACUCGAAUGUGAGCUGCGGCAAGGAGCUGCAGAGGAGCCUGAGCAGGUCGAGGAGGAAUCGUCGAGGUCCGGUGAUAGAGGCAGACGGGAUGCUGAAGAUGUUCCACUGCCCGUAUGAAGGCUGCAGCCAAGUCUACGUGGCCAUCAGUAGCUUCCAGAAUCACGUGAACCUAGUUCACAGGAAAGGCAGGACUAAGGUUUGCCCGCAUCCUGGUUGUGGCAAGAAGUUCUACCUCUCAAACCACUUGCAUCGACACAUGAUUAUCCACUCAGGCGUACGUGACUUCAUCUGUGAGACUUGCGGGAAGUCAUUUAAGCGUAAGAAUCACCUGGAGGUGCACAGGAGGACACACACAGGAGAGACACCCCUGCAGUGUGAGAUCUGCGGGUAUCAGUGCCGGCAGCGGGCAUCCCUUAACUGGCACAUGAAGAAGCACACGUCCGAGGCUCAGUACAACUUCACCUGCGAGCACUGCGGCAAGAGGUUCGAGAAGCUGGACAGCGUCAAGUUCCACAAGCUGAAGAGCCACCCGGACAAGCAGGCGGCAUGACGGG